AUGCCCAAUCGGCUGGCGGCCGAGUUCCCUUUUGGAACGCCUCGGGGCCCCGAUAAUCUGGUUUAAGGCCCACUAUAGGGGUUAGUUAAAAGGGGCCCCUAUAUGGGGCAGGAUCAAAUUUUCACUGCAAUUCGCUUAUUCAUAUUCGUCCCUAACUCUUUCAAACAACGGUUCUUAAACAAAUUUAAAAGAAAAAAUCCUUAAGGGGGUACAAGAGAAGCUCCGAGGCCCCUAAAUUCACAGGCGAAUCGAGAAGGGACCAUAAUGUGUCCACCGUGAGACCUCCGACAUACCUUUUAGCUAUAUCACGGUGUUUUUUUCAUUACGCAAGGUCAUGACUUUUCGUAAAUUAUGAUGCUUAGGGUGUAAGCACACCGAGACGCAAUAUCGCAUACUCAAAAUGUUUUUUUCCAAUUUUAGAAUUUGCGAUUUCAGGAUAAUAGUCCUGAAAUGUUCGAAAUUUGUCAGUUUGAAGAAUAUGAUGUGAAAAAAACAUUCACUUACGUUAAAAAAACAUUUAGGAACGAUUUCGAAAGGGGAAAACUCUAAAUUACUGAUUACAAAAUAAAAACAAAAAAUAUUAGGAAGGUGAAUCAGCUCCCAUUGAAUAAGCAUUUAUAAAUACGAGAAAUAUUGAAAUGAGGAAAAUUCGAGGAGCAAAUGAAAAACAUUUUAUAUACCUCGAAAACCUAGUUUCAGAAAAAAACAUAUAAUGGAUAGAAAGCAGAAAUUUUAGAAAAACCUCGUAUGGCGAAAUUUUUUUUGUUUAAAUCUGAAAAACCAUCAAAAAAACUAGAAAAAAAUAUAUAAUUUAGAUGAUGCAUAUAUCAAAAAUCAUUAAACUGCAUCAGCAAAUUAAAUUUGGCUCUAAUUUACAGGAAACCGGUUUCAAACUACGUCAAAGGAACUAGAUAAUAACUUUUUAUUAUUAACUGAUUAAAUUAAAAAAACUAUAGUUUCCGAAAUAGAGUGACUCUUUUUCAUGUCGCGAAACAGAUGUCAAAAAUUUUUGAAAAAAAUUAGGACUUUUUAGAAAAAAAUCUUCAGCUCUUUUUGAGAAAAUAGUUAAAGAUCUGAAACCGGUUUAGAAAAAAAUGCGCAAUUAAAAAGCUCCACAAGAUGUACCCAUAGAGAGGCGGAUCACAUAAAUGCAAGAAAUAGAAAAAAGUAAAAAACCAAUGAAAAAAGUGAAGAAAUUCAAUUUUUGCAUCAGAAACCAUGAGAAGGGCGCAAUAAUGCGCCACGGAUAAUAUGCCGCUGGGACCCAAAAUUUCGCAUUUUUUUUUUCAUUGCGCGGAACACCGUGAUAUCUGAGCCAUCUCGGAGGUACUUUAGAGUCUCUCUCAAGCCCCUCACAUUUCGCUCAAAAUCUUUCCCGAUUCGCUUGUUUUUCCCCUUGCGGGGCCCCUAAACUUUUCUUAGGAAUUCAUUAGCCUAUAUGAACAAAAAAGGCAAAAAGAUAAGAAACUACUGAGGGGCCGCGCACGAUAAGGACGCCUGAGGCGUCGCGCACGUCGUACUGGCGUUCUUCCGGAAAAAUUGAAAUAACGGAAAUUUCCUCGCUGUGUUUGCAGCUUUCAAACUCACAGUAUCCAAAAAAAAAAAUUGUCAUACGCGCAUUUGUGCAAUUGUUUUCUCGAGUUCAAGCUCUAGGGCGUAUGCACAUUUCGAAAAUUCAUCAUUGUUUCGAAAGUUUUGAAUUUAACUCUAGUUGAAUUUGCUCCAAGUUAUUAAACGGAAAAUAUCUUCUGAAAUUUUAUAAUAUAAUUGUUUGCGUGGUAGUAUAUAUUUAUAUUUCAGAGAGAGCAUCCGUGAUUUUCGCUGAAAUGCCCAAUGUUUUUGUGAAGAAUUUACAGACAGAAGGGACUUCAGGGCAGACUUUCGAGAGCUCGAAAGGAGACGCUACGAGGAAUGUGUCAUUCCGGGAGGUUGGUAGUUUUGAGAACUAAUAUUUUUUUUUACUUGAAUUAAACAAUUUUUUGGUUUAUUUUUUUGAUUAUUUAAUGUUUUAGUCUGGUGGUGGUCCAACUGCGGUAGAGCUCGAAGUAAUUUCGCAAGUUAAAGCCUUUGUCGGGAGUGCCUUUCCAGAAGAUGUCAUGCUACGCGCAGUUCGGGUUAGUCCUCAUUUACUUCUGGAUGAAAAUUUUUAUGUAAUAAAAAUAUAGUGUUUAGUUUAUUGUUUCUGUCAAAACUUCGCAAGCAUUUUUUUUUUGCAGAAACAACCAACGCAGUGUAAUGCGUCUCCAAAUUUUUUACAAGACGUCAUUAACACGGUCUUGGACAGCGAAAAUCAGCCCAUAGUUGAGAAGAAUCCAUCGAAUAAGGUUUUGAUAGGGAUAUUUUUUCAGAGACGUUUUUUUUUCAGCAAAUUGCUUCGUUAACAAAAGUUAACAAAGAAUCUUCCUUGCAGAAACAGGUUAAAUAAAUGUAGUUAAAUGUAUUAGCCGGUUAAAAUAAACGUUCAGGUUUCAUUCAACAGAUUGCCCGAAACCGACAAAAGCGACAGCAACGUGGUUGAUAAAGAGGAGAGUGAUCUUCAAAAGUUAGUUUUGCAUUUCACAUCUCUUUAUUCUCUAACAUGGGGUGCAUAAAGGCCGCCACAACUCUUUCUCUGACCUACGUUAUUUCGUCGUUUUCUCGCAGCUAGACAACGACGAAAUAGAGUCUGUCAGAGAAAGAGUUUUAGCGGUUUUUAUGCGCCUCAUGUCAGAGUUGUGCACAGUGUUUUAACGAUCUAUGGUCUCUUGUAAAGGCCCACCCCGGGGCCCCUAACUCAAGCCUUAUCGGGGUCCCGAAAAUCUAUUUUAGGGUCCCUAUAGGAAUUAGUUGAAAGGGGCAGGAUCAAAGUUUAUUUGAAACAGACAAUUAAAAAAAAAUUUACCCCCGGGCCCUGAACUGUUUGAGGGGUUCAAGGGAAAGUCCCAAAACCCCGUCGGGCGCCCUAAAAUUUUUCUUAGAAGCUGUACUCUUUGAAUCGACCAAUUUUUUCAGAGCCCUCCAAGAAUCUCUGGUUCUUUCGCGCAGCUCUUUCACAAAGCCUUCCAUUUCGGGCAAUCCCGAAGAUCUCAUUCGCAAUCCUUCGCUUUCCGUUAGUUUAUCUGGCCUGUAGCCGUCAACAUUCGAAUCUUUUAGACGGGUCUUUAUAACGCUGGGAAUACGUGCUGGUUCAACUGCGUUGCUCAGGUUUUUUUUCCCCUGAAAAUAAUCUCUCGAUCUUUACGUUGUUGGAACCUUAGAUCAUCUCGUCCUAAUGAAUCUUAUUUGAAAACACAAAAAUUUGCAGAUCCUCUUCAAAAUCCCACAGUUUCGAUAUCUCGUUUAUACAGUGGUUCCUAUGAGUUAUUCACAAGAUUCGUCAAACAUUGACGAAAUAACACCGGUUAGUUUCUAUUUUUUGUCGAGAUGAUUAAUGAGUAAAAAGCUUGAUUGUAGUUGCUUCUUUUUCUGGGAAAGUUUUUGUCCUGAAAUUUUCAGGCUGCGGUGAAAAUUUUGCAGGAAGCAUUAUAGAAAGUUUUUUGGGAGUGUUUCUAUUUAUAAACUGCAUCAGAAACAUAAUCAACAUGAAAAGUCGGAAUAGGGGAAAGAAAGCAGCAUAUUUCUCAGUUUUUACAGGAGAGUGUGCGCAGUCGCGACCUAUUGGUACAAUUGCGACGACUCUUCGCCGAGAUGGAGUUUUCCAAGUGCCAAUACAUUGAAGCUUCGUCGGUAUUGGUGGUGAUCGAGGCUCUGGGAAAGAGUGCUCAACUGAACGCGUUCCGAGUCGGCCAACAACAGGUAACAUGACUCUUUCGAAUAUUAAUCAAAACUUCUGAAGGACGUCGCUGAGAGCUUCAUCCGACUCUUUGACUGGAUCGACAGCGCCAUGCAGAAGGCUCUGGAGGACAGGCUGCGGCCGGAGUCCAUCAGAAUCUCGCCGACGGCUUCAGACGACUGGAUUCCAGUAAGGACCUUCCUACUCACCUUUUCAACUAGCUUCUACAGAUCGGUUCCCAGCCGUCAGCUCAUCCGGAGCUGCCAUUCGACGCCGACAUUCCUCCGCCUCCAUACGCCGAGACUCCCGAGCAAGGCGCAAAUAUUGUUCUGCCGCCUUCUGAAAUUAAACCGAAACUUAAAAAACAGCAAGACGAGAACCUAUUGAAUAACAACGACAGCGGGCUCAAAAUUGGUGAUCUGUCGCAAAAAAGUCCCACUAAGCUGCCUUCCGACGACCUUCCCCCUGCCUACUCUCUGAAACCUCUGGACAUUUCUCACUUUUCUGAAAAAGGACCAUCGAGUGAGCUUUUUUUUUUUUUGAAAAUAUACGUGGUAUAAGCCGACCAUAAUCUUCCUCACGAGGGGGAUCAGAACAAAAUCUAGCAAAAAAAAUUAGUUAAUUUUUUUUCAGUUCAAUAAAGUUAGGAAACAACUAAUAUUUGGAGAAGGAAAUGAAAAAAAUAUGUUUUAAAGUUGCCAGCUAUUUUAUCUUUACUCAUUCAUAUUUUUGUUGGAUCAAGUGUUAAGUUAUUUAAUGUUAUUUCCAAACCAUUUCUCAAGUUUAGAUCUGAAAUUAUUUUUUUUCAUACUUAAAUACUAUGUUUCUAUCCAUUUGAUUCAUACAUUUAAUAGCUCAUCGCCAAAUAGUUUCUCUUUUUUAAUUCCGAGUUUUUAUUCUUCCCUUCAACAAUAUUUUACUUUUUAAUUUUAUCUUGUUAAAUUUAUAGACCCCACGACGUCUCAGCAGCUUCUAACAAAAGAGGUUUUUUCUUUUUAUUUUCGAAUUAUGUUUUUUUUCUUUUUUCACGGUCAAGACGUUCAAAUUUCUCUUUUAAGAUUGUGAAAUAUGAGAGUCGCUAAUAUUUCCAGAGUUAUAGUAAUCAUUGCAUCAUUUUUUUACACUUGUUUUCGGUUAUGCGAUAGUUCGGUUUUUAAAUAAAAGGAUUAAAAAAAGUAUUUUUUCUUAAGAAAGAUUCACUUGUAAGUUCUCCAAUUAAGAAGUCAUUCGAAAGUCUUAAUCAUGAAUAAUAAGAGAAAAAGAAUAGAAGUAAAUGUUUAAAAUUGUCUUUUCAGGAAACCGGAUCAGCGUCUCAAAACGCAGAGACAUCGACAGCGCCUCAAGGUGCGUUUUUCGAAUUACGUGAAACUUUUUGUUUUUUUUUUCUUGAAGCGGGCUCCUCUGCAGUCUCUGACGAGGAAAAACUACUAGUGGAAACGUGCAAAAUGCAGUUGAACGAAAUGUUUGAGGCUCAAUGCGUCGAGGAGCGUUCUGGUGGUUGGUUUCUCCUCGAAAAACUAGGAAAAUCUUUAUUUUUAAGGAGGCGAACCUCUUUUCAUCCAAAACCGGCCCAUGAUCAUCCCUUUGAUGGUGAAUUAAUCAGUUUAUAUAUGAGUUUAUCGCGUGUUAAAACUGUUUCAGAUAAGUAGCUAUUUUCAAGUUCACCUUCUUCUUCGGUUGACGUGAAUUUUCUGAUGUAGUUUACAGAAAAAUACUGAAUGCCCAAAAAUAUUAUUUUUUGGUUGCUCAUCAAGAGAAGAAACAAGGCAUCCGAUUAAUAGCUCGAUUGAGCUCAUCAAAAUUCUCUUGACACGAUGAAUAAAAUUACGUAGAAGUCCCAGUUUGUUGUCCAAAACCAGCAGUUAAAUCAUUGGAGAAAUCUUAGAUUCUAAGCGAAAAGCAAUAAUCAUUCUUCAUUUCCGAUCUGAAAUAUAGAAAUGUGUUUCAGAACUGUUCAGUUUUUCAAUAAUGAUGGACUGUAUCUAAUACGGAAAGUGCGAAAAGUCGAGGUAUUGGAAUUCGAUGAAACUUGGUAUAUGCGUACUUCGGACAUUCUGAUUCCUAAGAAAUUGAGAAAAAAGUGCGCCAUUUUGAUUCUAGUCGAGCUAUGGCGCCUCAAAGUUUGCACGCACAAGGUGCAUUGGAUCAAAGGAUUUUUUGUCAUUUUUUUCUUGGAAAAAAAAAUGAUAAGUUUAGGAUAUAAAAAACCGCAAAAAAUGUUGUUAUUGAUAAUUCUAUGUCGCUUUAAGCAAGAUUCUCGACAAAAAAAUUUUUUCUUCUUCAAAAUUUUUUCAAGCUUAAUGGACUUUUCACUAUACCGUAAGAAUUUUUUCAACAAAAAAUUUUGUCGGAAAAUAAGGAAGAAAAAAGUAUUGCAUCCAAUUUUAAACUUUUAAUUGAUUAAAAUAUUUUCAAGAAACUGACACAAGGAAAGAUGAAACAUAAAAUUUUUGUCGAAAAUCUUGCUUAAAACGACUUAAAAUGGUGAACUUCAACAUUUUGUCGUUUUGAGCAAGAUUUUCUUUAAAACAUCGUUAUUUUUUCCUAAAAAAAAAUUGGCAAAAAUAAAUUUCACAAAAAAGGAUUCAAACCUGCAUCAUAGGUUUUACAGCGCAAGGCCUCUAGCCACUGCACCACGCCGCCUGAGUUAGUCGCCGCAUUUACUUCUUCUAUUCAACGCAUUUUUCAUCGCAAACUUUGAGCCGCCAUAACUAGACUAAGACCAAAAAGGCGCACUUUUUUUCAAUUUCUUUAGGUUCAAGAUGUCCGAAAGCACCUAUACAACAGUUCAUCGAGUUCUAAUACCUCGACCUUCCGCAAUUCCCGUUUAAGUGGUUUCCGGAUGAAUUUUGAUCCUUUCAAUUUUCAUUUUCCAGGUAACCUAUGGAAAUGUUCACGACGCACUUGAAGCCGUCGUUUUUGAUUCAUCGGAUCGCGUGGUAAAAAGUAUCUUGGAACCAAAUUCUGAAGCUCUUUGUUUGAGAAUUGGUACGAAAAACUGCCGGCCGUGGUUUUCAUGACGCUCUCUCGCUUCCAGUACAAUGGGAGCCGCUCGGAAAAGCUUCAUAACCGCUUUUGCUUCCCCAAGUCUCUGUACUUGGACAGAUAUAUGAGGAGGUCUUAUCAUUUUUUCCCCAAUUCGGCCUCGAAGAAUCUCAAUAAACCACUCGUGUGUGCUUGAAAAAUGUCCAGUUUGCAGGAAUGCGCAAGCGGUUGGCGUGCUGCGGGAGAAAAUACUGACAUUGCGUCGCGAAUUGGCCGAGACCUGCGCCAAACUCGAAGAGUUCUUUUCCAGAACUUUCUCGAGUGCAGUUUAAUAUUUUUGCAGAUUGCAAAAGUUUCCGACGGGAAAUGGCACUGUACGGUUGGCCGAGUCGUUUGGCGUCGUCAUGAACGCCUUGGCGACGACGUGGGAAUCUUUUAAAACAUUACGACUUUCGUGUUUUUAUUUUGAUUGCAAUCAGAAUGGUUUUUCUGUUUUGAAAAUAACUUAUUUUUAUGGGUUUAGGUUAUAAUGUCUUCAACUUUCAUAAUUGUGAGCUCCAAAAGGUUCAUCCAUAGGCAAAGUCGGAAAGGGUGGAAAAAGGCUCCAUAGAAAUGUUCUUUUUAGGAUAUCGAAAGGCUCCCUUUUGCUGCCUUUUUGCGCCAUUUCAUCGGCUCUUAUGCACCAUUUUUGCUGCCUCUCCCCUUUUCCACCAUUUCUUGAGCCUUUGAAAUCCCAGAAAAAUGAAAGGCUCGAUAAAGGGACUCUCUUUGCUGCCUCUCUGCGGCCUUCUUUGAGCCUCUCUCUUUUAGCGGCCAUUACCCACCAUUCCGACUUUGUCAUGUAGCCAAUAAAAAAUGAUUUCUUUGCUCACGCUUUCUUUAUUAGAAAACUUUCGUUUUCGCUCAUCAUUAUUUCUUCCUUUAGAAAAAUAUCUGUAAUAUUUUUGAAGCGCAAAAUGAACAGAAAAACGAUCAUGUGAGCGGUUUGUUAACUUGACCUUCUCCUCGGAAAAAAUUUUAUUAAAUGUUCAGAUAGGCAGAAAAAAGGCCUUUUUAAACGUGAUGUAAUCGAACCCGGUUUUGUCUUUUUUGUGCACCCCAAAAGAUUUAUUUUUAGGAUUCCCCACGAGCAAAAACCAAUUUCGGAGUCUUUCCUUGGAACGUCUUCUCAACAAUCCUCUUCCCUUUUUCUGGAUUUUCUGAGACGCGGCGAAAUUUCAACGCAACUGGCUUCUGAUGUGAUUGACGUGUUGGAGAGGGCGCGUCAAGAGCUGAUAUCAAUUGAAAAUGGUUUUUUUCUUCUCAUCAACUCAUUUGACUCAUGUAACUGUUUCAGAACAGCUCAAGCUUCAAGGGGAACUGACGCGCGAAAUCCAAGAAAUUUACGACGUUUGUUCUUUUUCGAGUUCAAUUUGUAAACUAAAACUAAUGCUUAUUUUUGAGACAUCAUUCUAAAAAAAAAGAAGAACAAGUAAUAGAAAGCGAAAAUAUUUCUAAAAACGCAUCAAAAUGCCAUUAUAAAAAGUCAUCGAAGUAAAUGAUCUCACUAUUCUGUCAGGACAUUUCUGUAAUAUGACCAUAAAACUGUUCAGAACUCUAGGUACUGAGAAAAUCGUAAUAUUUUACUCCCUAGCGAGAAACGAUGCUAGAAAGUCAAAAAUUCUUGAGACCCCAGAAAUAUUAUUUAGCGCAAAAAUGUUCUGUAUUCUGAAAUAUUCUGACCCUUUCACAGAAAGUAUCCUUAGGCAUAUAUUUCUGAAAGUUUUUUUUUAAAAUAUCAGCAACACGAAACCUUGAACCUUUUGAAGAUUCCUGCGUUGCAAAAUGACGAAUACCGUCUUCAUGCAGCUGUUGUCCACUCAGGAGAAAUGGAUAUUGGCCAUUAUUGGUCAUUUAUCAGAGGUGCGCUCAGUCGGGGAUCUUUCUCUUAUUUUGGUUGUCAGCUGACGAAACGGCGAAACGAGAAGAGCCAAAAGUCGAAGGCGACCUCUGGGAGCGGCUCAACGACAAAAACGUCGACCAAGUCUCUUGGGAGCAGGUCUCUUUUUGUCUCAUUUUUUGUGGGCUUUCAACAGAAAAUUUAAGACUUGCAAUUAAGAAAAAUUUUUGGCGUUUGUGAAAGUGUCAAGACCAAAGCUUUUGUUAUGAAAAGCUCUUUUCGAAUAAGAGUGCCUCGAAGAUCCUGUAGUUUUCCUUAAAGGCAUAGGAGCAUUUAGAGCAAUUUUUUGCGUUUCGGAACAAUUUUCCUUUUGUCCGAUGGACACGCCACUAAAGUUCUCACAUCUGUAAUUUUUUUGAGUACACAGUUCGAUUCCCAAAGAAAAACUAUAUAAGAUACGGCUUUCACCAGACGAAACCCCAACCCCAGAAACCCCAUUUUUUACUGCCCCUAUGCCUUAAAUUUGAUUUUGAUUUUUAGGUGGAAAAAGACGGAUUCGGAAAUGGAACGGCGAGCAGCUCAUGUGCUUAUUUCCUCGUCUACGUCCGCACUGAUGCGACUUGGAUCAUGGAAAGAGGCAUAUUUUCUUUCUUUUUUCUUUAUUCUCUUUAAGCAGGACCGUGGCUUUUCUUCCCAUUUCAAAUUUUUUAAGUGUUGCACAUUUUGAAAAUUGCGCUUGCAGAUUCGAUGACGCCAGAAGAAGCUUUUUCGCUUCUUCCAGACGAUCUCCGGGGUUUUGUCGAUGAAAAAGCACAUAUUUUUAGCGAGGAAAUAUCAAAGUAUGACUUUUUCAAAAAGUAGCCGAUUACUCGCCGAACAAAAUUUGUCGCCAAAAAUUAGAACAAUUUGGUGCUUGGAUCUUCGAUUAAAAAAAUUGUCUCGUGCUCUUAAAAAACAUGUUUUUGGGCAGAUAUCACAACCGAAAUCGCAAAGAGGACGACGACACGAAAAUGGAAGUGUGCCAAACAACUCAAACUGAAGAUCUACGAUCUGUAAAGGUUUGAUAAAUCUUGCUGUUUUUUUUUCUAUUACCCACUUUCAAUAAUCAGAUAAUUUUAAGGUCAUGAAAUCGGCCUCUACGAGGAAAGUCUCACUGCCUGAGCACGAAGGGAAGAUGAUGGGCGACGAUUUGAACGAGCUUCGAGACGCGGUUUGUCUUUUUUUCCCGCACUGAACAGUAUUUUUUGAUUUUCAAUGGCAAGGUACCAUAAAUCGCUUCAGAAAAUUAAGUUCUAAUCAUAUGGGGAACGAUGCCGAGGAGUUCCUUUCAAGUUGCUUUGAAUCUGAAAUUUUGCUUCAGGUCUUUUUGAAACGAGAUUAGGAUUUUUAUUUUUGAUCAAACGACAAUUGUUGAGCAUAAUCAUGUAAGAAGAGGGAAAUUUGUGAAUAAACGAAGGAACAAAAAUUGUUGAGCAGAAAAAAGUCAAUACCUAAGUAUAUUUCACAUAUCUGGUCUGCUAGCAACGCUCUUUGAGGCGGAGGGAUCAGAUCCCUAAAAAAAAAAAUGAAUUCAAGUAUUCUCUUUCUUCUCGUUCUGUAUUGAGCUUUAUAAAAGAGGGCAAUCAAAAAAUAUUAUUAAGUUUUGAAAACUAUUUUCUUAUUUUGGUUCUGAACUUGUUUUGUUUCAUUUAAAGGCCAACGGGAUUCGAUCGGACGUUUUGCGGUCGCUGAAUUCGGUCAGCGACCCUGAAAUAGGCAGCAUGCAGCUGAAGUUCGUUGGAAUCCCGAAUGACGAGCCCCUGGACGAGUCCUGCGAUAGUCGGCUCUUUGUCCAGUACAGACAGGCCGCGAGGCUCUGGACCCAGUGCGGCAAGGAAAUCGUCGAAAAUCUACUGUGAGCCAUCAAAAUUAUUUCGUAGAGUUUUUUGGUCAAGAAAUAUAAUUAUUAUAAAUUGAAAAGGUCUAAGAUAAAAAGGAGACGCCGUGAAAGAGUUGAAUUCAGCGUCAAACAUAGAUCAAGUAGGGUUUGUCUGUUUAGAGGGUAGACCACGCUUCUUUGCGUCCCAAGCUAGACUUGAAUUGGCUGUAUCCGUUCCAGAUAACUUUGAGAUAAAAAAAAAGCCAAUCUGUAUGAACCAAAGCUUUGGAACUUAACUAUUCGAAUUGUUUAAGUAUUCGACUACGAAAUUAAACUAAAAAUCAGUAAAAAAAAAAGUGUUACUCGGUAUUAAAAUUAGAAAAAAUUACUGAAAUGAGAAAUGUGAGGCAAAAUCGUUGAAUAUUAUUCACCGGAGCGUUCGUAAAUAUGGUCAGCCGGAACUUCGAGAGAAGAUUCGACGAAGCGUUUAUUGUUUCAUGCUGAAUUUCGCCUAGGUUUUCAAGAAGACGGCUUCAGAUACUUUUCUGUUUUCGAACCGUCUUUUUACAUUAACUUCGACUAUCUGUUCAUUUAUAAUCUGGUCUUUUUCAGAGGUUACCCAUUGUGCGAUUUGAAGGAUUGCGAGAACGAUAUAAUGGACGCUUAUCAAAAGGUAAGCCGAACAAAAAAGAAAAUGAAAAAAAAAACGUUCUUUAUCCAUGAAACAUCAUUAGUUGUUCAACUGUCUUUUCUGAGUCCCACAUCACUCUCCUAAAAAUAACUUAAGUUUGUCGGCGACUGGUUCGAGAACUACGAACGUCUGCCGGCACCGCUUCCCCGCCUCUUCACAGAGCCUUACGGUUGCUUCCAGAACUUUCUCGAGGCUUUGGGCUUUAUUUUCCAUGCUCGGGUAUGCCCUCGACUUUGUCGGCCGAAAGAUUUUUUUUUUCAGAUUUAUCGGUUCAUCAACGUGUCAAUGCUGAGCGUCUGCAAUGUCCCGUGAGUUUUUAGGUGUCUGAAUAUUGAGUUUUUGUUGCGCCCUAAUUUUAGAAAAAAAAAAGCCGCGGAACCUCCUAAUACGGCUUUUCGGUUUCGCAACUUGAUAUCAGACUUUGAGUCUUUGACGCAAGCGCAAAUGCAAAAAGGAUAAAGGCGAUUUUUAAAAAGUCCAUUUUUGCAGCUUGCCUCUCAAUUUUCCACGUAUAUUUAACCUAAUAAUCAAAGUUUCCAGCUCGUUCAAAGAACUUGCUCGGGCUGAGCUCUACGAGUUCAAGACUAGCAAGCCCGUUCUCUACAACGAGUGUUGUCUUUUGGCCGAGGUGAUUUCUUAUCUAUAUAUUUUUCAAACAAAGUUGGGUUGAUCUUGACGAAAAUUAAUUAUUUUCGAAAUAUGCGCUUUCGUGUUUGAGUGAUCGAGAAGCUAUAAGCAAUUACUUCAAAACACCAAAUUUGUUUAAAAAAAAGUUAAUAAAUUCUAAGUUUUAUAAUUUUUGAAAAAAUUAUGAAAUAUAGGAUGUCGAUUUCCUACAGUGUUUUGUGAGAUAAAUGUUUUACUUCAGAAUUAAAAUUAAGCUGAGUCAAACCUAGAAAAAUUUCUUUCGGAAAAAAUCUUUCAAUCACGAAUUUCACCGUGAAAGAUGAGAAACAACGCUAAUCAACUGUUUCCCAGUACAUUUCUCUUCUGUACGAGACUCUGACCUUGGCUACGCUUGGCUGCAGCAUCGCCGCCAAUCAUAUCGUGCUCUACAUGAAGGAGCCCAAGUGAUUGUGUCUUAUUUCGAAACGUUUGCAAUUGAUUAUACUGCAGGCUCGAACACUUAUACAACUCGUUGCAAUACUCUAACCUUGCCAACUUCCACUUCAUGCGAUAUGAGCGAGAAACGGUAUCAUCUUUGUCAAUGUCAAUGAUACAUACACAGGCAAAGUCGGAAAGGGCAAGAAAUGUUUCAUAGAAGUGUUCUUUCAAAAUCUCUUAAGGUGACAGAACUCCUUUUUUUCUGUCUUUCUGUGGCCUUUUUUGAGCCUUUCUCUUCUAGCAGUCAUUAUACAUCAUUCCGACUUUGCUCGAGUAGGACGAUGUCAAAAAAAGAGAACUGAUCCCCAUUCCAGUCAAAGAUUUUUAUCACCGUAAAUACCCAAUUUCGUGGCUUUUUUUUCAUGCCUGUUCCAGAGUUGCACGAGACUCGAUAUCCUCUCUAUUUUUCUGGUCUCGAACAUUUUUGAGAAAUUUUGAAUAAUAGGAGCAAAAAGACUAAGGUUUGGCGUAAAAUGUGAUUGUCCCAUUGCACCAGACGCAAAGUAAAUCGAAAUUCGACGGAUGAACUAAAAAAAAUAGUCAAAAAUAUCGAAAAACAGUUUUUUUCGAAAACAAGUCUGAAGUUUGAAGUUUCGCUUUUUAGAACUUUUUUUUAAUUGUUGAGUUUCAAAAUUUUAUCUUUUUUCUUGUUUUAAUCCUAUAUACUCAAUAAUUUUACGAAAAAUGUUUCCUUAUUUGAUAGUUUCAAGGUUUUUUUAUUCACACAGUUUUUUUUUUUCGAUCUCGUUUCGGUCUCAAAAAAUAACUUCUCGUGCACGAGUCGUUUAACCCUGGUCUCUUUAAGGCGGGUGGUCUUAUUACGACAGUUUUUAUAAGUUUUACGAUUAUAAACUGAAAUGACUGGCUGUUUUGAUUUGUGUAAAAUUUGAGACAAAAGUUAUUUUGUGAACUUGAGAAAUAGGUUUCAUACAAAUUAAAAGAACGGAAAAAAGUUUUAAAAAUGUCCUGGCUUCGAAAGAGACGGUGCAAAGUUGACCAGUCGCCUUCGCACUGUCAAAAUGAACAAGUAGAAGGUAAUCGCAAAAUAAGUUAAAUAACAACGCUAGUUCGAACCAUAGAGAAUUUAGACAACAUAAAAAACUUAGAAAUUUUUCAUGGAAAAAGCCAAUAGCGUCGAGAAGUCAAAUUUGGUGGUCAGGACCUCGCGAUUUGUGCCAAAUGAGAUAUUUUACUGCCGCGGUGAACUUUAACUCACUUCAAGAAGUAGAUCUUUUAAUUUUGCUAAAAUGUUUAUUUCGGGAAUUCUCUUGCAAUUACACUUUAACAAACUUACAGAGUUUGAAGCAGCUGAAUUUGAUUCGGAUCCUACAGCAAUGGCAAAUUCAAGCAAUUACUAUCAUUCCUCUAUUGGUAAACUGAUAUUUUAGGAUCAGAAUGAAAAAUCCGAAUUUCAAGCACUUGGUGAAGCAGUUCCUGACGUUUCUUCUAACAAAAGAGCAGACCAUUGAAGCGAUGAUGUUCGUGCCGCAGUCUCCAUUGACGCUAGCCAAGGAGACGGUUGGAGUUGACGAAAUCGUUUCCAAGGUCGUAAUCGGCGUUCGCGCAAUGAAACGUUGGCACGAAGAGUCGACCUACAGCACUAGUAAAUUUCCUUCGUCUGGACUCGCUGUCAAUCUCCUCCUCGAGGUUAGCUUGGUUAUUAGAAAGAGUGUUUCAGCAUCACUAACAGCCGAGAUAAGUCGCUGGCUGUACAUUGACGACCUAAAAGUGCAGUUUUCCAGCCGCGCCGGCCUUGGAUUUUAGAAGUUUUUCAUUUCCAAAUACGAGAUCGCGCCAAGAAAAAUGCGCGUCCGGCGCGGCGACAAAGUGAUAUUCGCGAGGUUGUCGAUGUACCACCCCGGCCUAUUUUAUUAUCUCGCGCCGGACUCGGCAGUUAUCUUUUUUGUAAUUGUACAAAUAACAAAAAUAAUGAUUAUUUUUGGUACCAGGGUUGCACGGCAUUCCGUUACCCGUCUUUUUCUUUCUUAACCCGAUUUCCAUCUUCCUUAAUGAAGUUUUGUCUUCAACUCUUACUUCAAACAUUUUUUAAUUGAUAGAUCAAUGCCGUGUCGUGAGUUACAGGGAUGCACGGAAGUGAAACUUUCGAAAAAAAAAGAAGGAACACGGUGUAAGGAAUAAAAAGCAAUUUUGAGGAAGACGGAACACGGGUUAAGGAACAGAAAAAUUUUAGGGAGGAGGAACGCGGUUUGCCGAAAAGAUUUUUAAAACAUGACGUGCUAACUCUGUAAUUCUCGAAAUUUUCUCAAAAACAGCGGGUGCAGAAAAAAGUAUUUUUUGAUCUCAAUGAAAUUUCAACCAGUGUUAUCAUGUGACGUCAGGAUUACGGAAAAAACUUUUUGAGCCAUUUCCUCCAACUGUAACCGGGUUACGGUAGGCGUAGGCAGGUGGUCACCUGCGUAUCUAUGAACUGACGAGUUUUCUCUAGGCAAGUAGUACACCAAUCGAUAGGUAAAGCAAUUUUAGGAAAGAUACCAUCUUGGGUAAGUUUUCUUGAGACAUUUUUGAGAUACGGUAUUUUUUGUUCGCGAUUUUGCUUUUUUGAAAAUCCAUACUUCUUUUGGGUGUACUAUCAUCGUUUCACCCUUUUUUAUUGGUCUUUCACGUAGUUCCUGCAUCCACCAAGUUUACUUCAAAAUCUAUAAGUUUCAAUUUUAGCCUACCCGUCACCCUGAAAAUCCAGUUGGCUUAGGCUUAGGACAAAACUGGCCUGUUAACGAUGUUUUUUGAGGUUCAAUGCUUUGUUUUGGAGUCGCUUUCGGGUUGCAACGCGUUCUCUCAUCUUGCUCUUUUAUUUUUGUGCUACCCACAAAUGCUAAUUGACAAAUAAAAUGAAAAAGAAAACUAAAUGGAAACGACCCCGAGGGGCCUUCUUGCGACACUACAUUAUCUCAAUCUGAGACAAAAUAUGGUAUACUUUUCUAGCGUUCAAACUUCACUGGUAAAAAUUAUAGACUCAAGAUGCACCCUAUACAGAAUUCGAGGCGACAGGGAAAAAUAUAUCAUCGAAAUAUAAGGCCGCAGAAACUGUUUUAUUCCUUAACCUGUGCUCUGUCUUCCGUGAAAAAUUUUUUGUUCCGUAAGCCGUGUUCCUUCUUUCUUUUUCGGAAAUUUCUCUUCCGUGCAACCCUGAUUUGCAGAGCUGCUGACCAGACCGGGGCGCCCCGCCCCGCCUCGCGAAGCGGUCACGCUGUUAGAAGAUUUCUUCACAGUUACUCAAUGAUAUAAAUGAUUUUUUACUUUAUUUGACCAAUAUAUUUCUUUAUUAGUCGUUAGUCGGCGGAUUUUUUUCAUUAAAACUUCAUUUUAACUUAUCUACUCAGCGGUGCCGUGCGCCCCGUCAGCAGCACUGCUUUUUAUAAGGAUGGAAUUUUUAUUUUCUAGGCGAAUCUCGUUUCUUACGACAGUUUUUUCUUUGCGCUUUGCACUAAAGUUAACUGCCGAGUCUGGGGCGGUAGAGAAAUGCUAUGUCGGUGGCGCCAAAUUGGCGAGCUCGCAAACAUCUCGGCGGUUGUUUUAAAAAGGGAGGUCAUUUCACUUGGCAGUUCGAAAAUUUUUACAAAUUUGCUCAAACACUCCGAAAGUCUAGAUGAAAAUCCCACUUAGUUGCUAAUUGCUCAAACUUCUAGUUUUUGUGAUAUGAUUUUGCAAAAUUGCGAAAAAUCGGUUUUAGGCUUAAAUUUUCGACCUUCAGAAUUAAUUAUCUUGGAAACUAGAAGCUGUUGUGGGUUGCAACUUUGAUGGAUCAUACUAUGAACAUUCAGAGAUUAUUUGUAGGAAUUUCCAAUGCGCAAAGUAAAAUGACUUUGCGUGUAAGUGUUGUACAUGGAACUAUACGAUUAAGGACGGAAAAACAGAGUUCUUAGCUUAACAGAGUGUGAAAUCAGGAGGAAAGCUAUCUUUCGUGCAGUCAGACAUAUUUAAUGUCCAAAAAUGUGAAGUCGAAGAAAAAAGAAGUAUUUUAGGUCAUAAACCAACUGACAACCGUCUUCGAAGUACUCUUCUCGUCAAAAAACUUCGAAGGUGACUUGCGACGGAUGCAUUUGAUCAAUGUGGGUGGCUAAUUAUUUUUUUCAUACUUUAAAGAAUCUUUUCAGAGGGUACUAGAGUCUUUGCGAGAGUUGCCUCUGGAAAACGAACGGCCAACCGUUCGAGUCGCCUCUGUUCCCGCGGUCGAGUCUCUGACUAAUGUAAGGAAUGUUCGAAAUUUACAUCAAUAAAGAAAAAGAAAUAAUGAUUGAAAUCAAUGAAGUUCAAACGAGGCUAUCAACUAUUUUUCCUAUUCAUUAACUACUUUAAAACAUUCAGGUCGAGACAAAAAUGGAACAACUUUUCUGCGGCUCCAUCGCUGAGGUUAACCACGCUUGUUCCACUUUGUUGGAAAGCCUUCAGUCCAUCUUAUGCAGUAUGUUUGACUAG